AUGGAUGAUAUGUGUAGCUCCUGGAACUGGAGAAAGACGUGCGGUUUGUCUGAACUUCUCCGAGCCCGCAUGGAACGCGCACUCGAGGACGCCAUUGCUCAGACAAAGAUAUUCACUCAUUUCACGGAGGCAAUUGAGGCGGAGGAGCCUACGCGAGUAGCCCAAGCCAGAGCAGCCAUCAGAACGUGGGAGCAAGAUGCCGAGAAGAAGGAUGGUACUCCAUGCCCUUACUAUUACGAGAGUGAAGGUGAGCUAUUGGUGAAUCAGUACCGGGUGGGGGAUCUGCUCAGUCGUGUCAUCGUAGUAUUGCCGCCAAUCGAUGUUAAACUCCAGGCAGAAUUAGCGCAAGGCUUGCCUUCUGAUCCCUCACGACCGUCAGAUGAUGAGGACGCUGCUGCGUUGGCGGAUUUCAUCAUGCGUGGGUUCAAGAUCGAGAACGAUAGGGCGCGAUACUCUACCAAACGUCAGAGCGACAGCGGCACAAGUGAACAAGUGACGGACAAGACACAGGAACUAGACAGGAUUGCACAGUCCAUCCGGCGAUUUAGGAAAGCGCAAGAAUAUCAUAUGCCCGCCGUCUACGCGUCCCUAACCUCGGAGGAAAGGAAUCCAGAGCGCAAAACAGCCCUAACGACCAAGCUCUUUCUCCCCUCAGAUCCUCCUGAUCACGAUGUUAGUCUCACAACAGCUACAACACGAGCGAUGGAGGCGAGACUGAGGUGGCAGGAGAUGAUACGUGAACUCGACAUCCUACGACACCAGCUGCGUCUCAAAGGAUGCCUAAACAGGUUCAAGGCGUUCAAUAUCACGGGCCAACGAGAUAACACCCGAGCUCGCGAGGCACAGGACGUCGUCAACGCGUACGUACAGAAGGCUGCGAACGCUUACAGACGGCAUCGCGACGCUUAUGAAGCCUUGGAGGGAAGGGGUGAUUGGCAGAAGACUAUGCGUAAACUGAAGAACGCUGACUGUCGUGGAUUGGGCGACCGUCUGAUUGAGCAGAUGGAGCAAAUGUCCGAGUCCAACGUGCAGAAAUUCCUGGCCGGAAGGCGCGAGGCUGAUACAUCUGGCGAAACGCGGUACGAACUACCCUGGUUCUGGUACAACCAAUCGGAGGAGGCAGGUAUCCAGAUUACAGACGAACUCAUGGUUGAGUGGUGCAAAUGCCGAGCCCGUGCACAGCACAUUGUGCAGGAAGUUCGCCUUCUAGACGAAGAGAUGCGCCGCAUUGUCGAGUUCAGCACGAAUAUGGCGAAGCAGUGGCAGGAGCGAUGCGCACCAAAGGACAGGAUGGACUUUGGAGCAAAGCACGCAUAUGCGACUGAUCUGGGAUGGGAGGAUGGUGUGAGAGCAUAUGCACUCAAGCAGGCAUGGAUUCGUCGCUCUCAAGCUGCGAAGUGGCACGCAGAGUGUGUCGGGCACCGGGCUCUGGCCCAACGCUUCCUCGCUUUGCACACCACCGAAGGGCUAUCGGUCGACGCACCCGAUGUGCCCGCCUGGACUCAUACGGAGAAAGCCCUUAUCAAUGAUACUGGCAUAUCCGAGCCCUCGAGUGUGCGAGCGCUGGACAUUCCAUCGCAAGACACAUAUGGAGUACCGACGGUCACACGACAUGCGAAACGUAGACAGUAA